AUGGUGGACAUCUCCUACCGCUGCCAAAUCACAUACCAAGAGGAGAAGCCAGUGAGCAUUGCUGCAGACUUGGUUGAGGAGCACCAAGGCCAAAAGUUCCUCAAGAUCAGUGCCACCAACUAUGCCAUUUGCCAACUGGUUUGUGGUGGCAAGCUGCCCACAAAGAACCCCAGCUUGGCCAAGAGCAAGGAAUUGCAAGCAUUGGCCCAAGCCAGGAAUGACAAGAUCCAAGAAUAUUUGGCAGCGCCAGAAGAGACCCAAGAAUUGUUUGAUUCAGAGAUGCCCAAAAACAAAUGCACCAAAAAAAGAAAAGCCCAAGCCAUGGAAGAACCAGGUGACAAGUUUGUGGUCACCAUCCUAUUGGGUUCCACUGAGAUUCCAUGUUUGGUUGGUGGCCAAAGACAAACCAAGUGGGAUUUGUUUGUUGCCAUGGAGCCAGAACCCUUGAGGGAAGUCAUUUACCAUUUGAGAGCUGGUUGCCAAAUUGCCUUUGCCCAACCCAGCAGAAGUUACAAGGCCACCAAGAAAGAAUCAAGCCACAGGUGA